AUGAAGAGCGUACCGCAGGAAAUCGGUGAAGACUUGAUACGCAAGCUGAUACGGGUCUACUGGGAUGCUGUGAGUUGGUGCCAAACACGAAUUAUCACUCUAGUCUCACCGCGAGCUCGUACAGGGGGGACCAAAAUGACGAUAAAUAACGGUGCCAGAGCGCCCUCCGAUCCUGCCAAUGAGACCAAUGGUGAGGUCGAGGUCAAUGAACGCCUUACUGCCGCCGAAUUUAUCGAAGUAGCUGAAUUGCUGGACUCAUUUCAACAAGUCGUGCAGGACGCAUGGUGUUUCUUCACAGCUCCGCUGGCCAUCAACUCCCAUUCUACUGACCAAUCAGCGAUUGCUGUGGACUCCACUGCCAUCACAACCACCGUCGUCGUCAACCUGCCUCCGCAAGCCAUGAGACUACAUGGUGUAAUCGCGAAUUUCGCCUCCGGUCUUCUACACAGUUUUCAUCUUGAUCGGUGCACCAAGUUGCGACUAAUGCUGGACCAUGAAAAUUGGCAGGCGGCUGCUGUUCCUGCUCCCGUUCAGUCUCUUGUUGAUGUUCUACAUCAGCGAAAAGUGUUCAACUCCCGCAGCUGUGAAUUGGUGCUUGGGGCUGGCGCUCGUGACCUCUCCGUGCUUACCACCAUCUCUGCGCGUAAUUUGGCCCUCGUCUGCCGCAGCCUUGAAGUCAUUAUCGCCCUUCUGCCUUGUCUAGCUGUCUUCUUCGAGAAGUAA